UUUAGGUUAUUGUAAGCAAUGUUCUCUCCUAAGGAAUGUUCCACUUUCUCACAAGUGUUUUGUUUGUGCUAAGGUUUUUGCAGCAUCCAUGUCUGUUUUUUUUAAUUCCUUAGUGCAUAGUAUGAUGAUGAUAGCUUUAGAAAAAUAACAUGCAUAAUUAGUUUGUGACUCUCUCUUUCUCUCUCUAAAACACUAUCAUCCUAUGUUUGUGGAGCAUCUGUUCUGUAGCAUUUGAUUCCUUUUUAACCUGAUCUUGCUCUUUUUUUCCCUUCUUCUUUUGGAACCAGUUAUUAACCACACUUUAAACCCCUUUUCAAAAUUGCAUGCUUUGUGUUUGUGAAAUUGUCUCUGUUACCAAACUUCAAAGAAAAUUGAUUUCAUUUUCCAGUUCAUUUUGUUGCUAAUAGAGAUUGAAGUGGAUUCUGAGUAAAGGGUUGAAUUAGGUUUAGAAAUGGAAGCUAUAUAGAGUUAUAUGUUUUUGAGGUGAGUGUUGGUGAAAAAAAAAUGGUGUCUCAAAGUGGAACAGUUCAAGAGUCAAAGACUACUACACCUUUAUCUAGGUCAGGAUCUUUGUAUAAUCUAACCCUUGAUGAAGUUCAAAACCAUCUUGGUAAUUUAGGGAAACCACUUGGAAGUAUGAACCUUGAUGAGCUUCUCAAGAGUGUGUGGAGUGUUGAAGCUGGCGAGGUUUCUGACUUCGGUACUGCUAACAUGCAGCAGAAUCAACUUAGCGAAAUGAAUCGACAGGGGAGUUUAUCGUUAUCGGGAGAUAUUAGUAAGAAAACUGUUGAUGAAGUAUGGAAAGAUAUGCAAGAAAAGAAGAGGGGUGUUGAUAGGGAUAGGGAAGCGCGUGAAAGACAGCAAACACUUGGUGAAAUGACUUUGGAGGAUUUCUUGAUGAAAGCUGGUGUUGUUGGUGAAUCUUUUCAUAAUAAGGAAGGUGGUGAUUUGUUAAGGGUUGAUUCGAAUGAGGAUUCUCGGCAAAAUGUUUCACAGCAUGGUCAUCAUUGGAUGCAAUUUCAGCUUCCUUCGACGCAGCAGCCUCCACAGCAUCAGCAUGAAAAGCAUUUGAUGCCUUCUUUUAUGGCUGUUCAUGCCAUUCAACAACCUUUUCAAGUUGCAAGGAAUCCGGUUUUGGAUGCAGCAAUGUCACCGUCUUCUCUAAUGGGUGCUUUUUCAGAUACACAAACGCUAGGUCGAAAAAGGGUUGCUUCUGGUAUAGUGGUAGAGAAAACCGUGGAGAGGAGGCAAAAGAGGAUGAUUAAAAAUCGGGAAUCUGCUGCUCGGUCACGAGCUAGAAGACAGGCUUAUACACAAGAACUGGAACUUAAAGUUUCGCGUUUAGAAGAGGAAAAUGAAAGGCUUAGAAGACAGAAUGAGAUAGAGAAGGAGGUGCCAUGUGCGCCGCCACCCGAGCCGAAGAAUCAGCUUCGCAGAACUAAUUCAGCAUCCUUCUGAUGUCAAUCUAUCACAGCUCUCAUGUGUAUUAUGCAUUUGACUCUCAAACAAGUUUCUAUGCCAUUUGGAAGUGCAUUUACCACUAAAGUUUUGUUGUACCUAUAUUUUUACCAAGUCUGAAUUAUGAUAUAUAUUUGAGUCUAAUUCUGGACCUACUUGUGGAUUAACUACCAUUUUCUCUUUAUAUAUGAGCUUUUUUGUAACUUAUAGUCAUUGCCAGAGUAGUCGAUCUCAGAUAGCGGCGCAGAGCAGAUAGCUAUUGUGGGAUAACGCCGUAGUUGGCCGCAAUUGAUUAUUUUGGUCAUUGUUCCCUUGUAUUUGCUUAGACUAGUUGAAGUUUUAACUAUUUCAUUUCAAGUAGAAAGUACUUGCUGUUAGUGUGAAGAAGUUUGUAGACGAGUGGAAUUUGGUUACAUAUAUCUGAAUGAUUAUUGCUUGCUAGUAAA